AUGAAGAUUGGCGAACUCCGACCAGAACAGUCGGCGACGGUUGAAGCUUUAGUGCGUGAACUACAAAACUUGGAUAGCAGUGCAUUUCCUGCUUUGUACUCCUUGGCAGAAAAUGAACUCUUCCGUCUGCGUGGCGGCAUUGCGGACUCAUUUGACUUGGUCAGCAACAAACCUGUAAAAGUGAGGGCAAAAAUAGAAAUACCUCAGGCACAAUAUCCUGCUAUUAAUUUCGUUGGGAAACUUCUUGGUCCGGGAGGUCAGACAUUGAGAGCAGUGCAAGAAACCACCAAAACAAAAAUGGCGAUCUUAGGUGCUGGCAGUCUAAGAGAUGACGCUAAGGAAAAGCAGCUCCUUUCCAAUGGUGAUCCGAAAUAUCAGCACCUCAAGCAAAAGCUGCACCUUCAAGUUGAUAGUUUAGGUCCACCCUCGGAAUCAUGUUAUCGGUUAGCCCAUGCAUUAGCGGAAGUAAGGAAAAUCAUGCUACCAGAGCAAACAGAACCCACAGCUCAACAGUGGGUUCAGCAAAAUCAGCCUUUGCCCGUGGCCGGGAGAAAUGUUUCCGUCAGAAAUAUCCGUCCCCCUUUGCGCGGUCCGCCACCACCACCACUUCAAGCUACCUUCCCUGCACCUCCAGUGCAGCUUCCCUUCCGUGGUCGAGGUAAGCCUUGGAUAGGCAGAGGUGUUGCCAAGAACGGUGUUGCUAUCCAACCACCAGUUCCUGUUGCUUCCGAGGUGUUUGCUAAUGAUGUGAAUACCGUUGCCUACCCUCCAAUAACUCUGUAUGAGCAGAAUGAGUUCAAUUCCCAUGUUUUUGAAGAUUUCGGAACAAACUAUGGACAAGACGACACUUGGGGAAAAGUCAGCAUCCCAGAACCUCGCGGACGAGGCCGAGGCCAUCCCUACGCGCGUCCAGGAAUCAAUAAUGAUCACAAUAAUUUCGGGUAA